AUGAUAUCAUUAGCAAAUAAUAAUAAUAAUAAUAAUAAUAAUAAUAAUAAUAAUAAUAAUAAUUAUAAUAAUAAUAAUAAUAAUAAUAAAAAUAAAAAAUGUUCAAUUCAUCCAAGUAAAAAUUUGGAACUUUUAUGUUUAGAUUGUAAAUUAAUACCAUGUUGUAUUUUAUGUACAUCCAUUAAUGGUUCUCAUCAUCGUCACGGAUUAGAACCAAUAUCAACAUCAAACAUUCUUUCAAUGAUGAAUAAUUUUAAAGAUGAUGUUUAUCCAAAAUUACUUGAAAGAAUUGGAAAUAAUAAACAAACAUUAAAAGAUUCCAAUGAAAUUUUCAAUGAAAUUCAAUCACAAAAUGAUGAAAAUAAAAAAUUACUCAAAGAAGAAUUUAAAAAACUUCAUCACAUACUCUCAAUACUUGAAUUAGAUAUCGAAAAACAAUUAGAAACAGGAUUCCAAGAAAACUCAUCAAAAAAUGCAAAUAUAACCUCUUCAAUCAAUAAUGAUAAUAAUAAUAAUAAUAAUAAUAAUAAUAAUAAUCAUAGUAAAAAUAAUAAUAUCUCAAUGAUCGAUAAACUCAAUAUUUCAAUAAAAAAUAUUAAUAAUAUUCAACAAAAUUAUGAUGAUAUCGAUUAUGGUGAUGAAGAUAUAAUUGGUUAUCAUAAAGGUACUGAUACAAUUGAACUAAUUAAACAAUAUCAACAAUCAUUAUUGUUAUUAAAAAAUAAUAUAAAUAUCAAUAAUCAAAAUAAAUUAAAAAAUUAUAAUAAUCAAAUCAUUAAAUUCAAUAAUCAAAAAAUUAAUGAUAUAAAAAAUAACUUAAAAUUAAUAUAUGAACUUAUUAAUAAUAAUAGUAAUAAUAAUAGUAAAAAAUUUAAGAUUGAAAUUGAUGAAAAUAAUUAUAAAUUUAUAAAGAAAUUUGGUACUGGAGAAAAGUAUUAUAUAUAUUCAGAGAACAGUGAAUUACCAAAAGAUAAUUAUAGAAUUGCACUUGGAGAAGAUUGUGGUAGUUUAUUAAAACUCAAAUCAAAUAAAAAUAUUAAGCAUGUAAUAUUAUUAGAUGGAUUUAAAGAAAGUUUAGAACCAGGUGUAUUACCACUUGGUAUUAAAUAUUUAGAGAUAUGUGAUAUUAAAACACCAUUAGUAAAAGGAUCAAUACCAUCAAGUGUUUGGUGGUUAUCAUUUUAUGAUGGAUUUAGUCAAUUAAUUGAAGCUGGUAUUAUUCCUUCGAGUGUUCAAUAUUUAUUUCUACACGACAUUAAAAAGCCAUUAAAGAUUGGUUCAAUCCCCAAUUCUGUAAAUAUUUUUUAUGUUUGUGAUGGAUUUUCCCAAUCAUUAGAACCAGUUUGUUCCGCCGUUGAUUCUGUUAGUCGUUCUGGGUAUACCCGUACUCAUACUUGUUAUUCCAUUCAUCAAUUAUGUAGAACUAGUGAUCCACCUUCUCAAGGCUAUUGA